CUGCCAAAAUUUAGCUGCGUCCUUUUCCCUCAGCAACGUGGGUGCUGAGUGGAGUUUACAAAUCUACAGCUAAUCUGCCAGCCAGGGCUGAAUGGUGCAGAUGGGGGAGCAGGGAUAAUGAAAUGCCUGACAUCACUAUUCCAGAGAGUUCAGCCUGGGCACAGCCUGGCACCAGGGAGCAUAUAAAGCCCAGCUCACUGCCUGUGGGAGUGCACUGCUGCCCACUGACUCCUUCGGGACCAAGCCAGAUGGAUAUCACCGUUCACCACCCCUUCUUCCGCAGGCCACUGCUUUCCACCCUGCUGCCUAGCCGCAUCUUCAACCAGACUUUUGGGGAACACCUUGUGGAAUCUGAACUGUUCCCCAGCUCCUCGUCUCUCAGCUCUUUCUUUUUGAGACCGUUCAUCUUAAGGAACCCAAGCUGGCUAGAGAGCAGACUCUCGGAGGUAAUAUUUCUGGAUAAGGACAAAUUCUCUGUCAACCUUGAUGUGAAGCAUUUCUCUCCCGAGGAGCUAAAAGUCAAGGUUUUGGGAGACGUGAUUGAAGUUCACGGGAAACAUGAGGAGCGCCAGGACGAACACGGUUUCAUUGCCCGGGAGUUCAGCAGAAAGUACCGGAUCCCAGCUGAUGUGGACCCCCUCUCCAUCACCUCCUCCCUCUCUUCAGACGGUGUCCUGACAGUGAACGGACCGAGGAAGACAGCGGAAGUUCCUGAGCGCACCAUCCCCAUUGCAAGGGAGGAGAAAUCUGUCUUACCAGCAGGGCAAAGGAAGUAGACGGCGCGUUGAGACCCACCCUUUUAUAUCCAAGAAAGCCUUUCCAUUGGACACAAGCAGCAGACGGUGUCACUGGCCGGCUGUUCUUAUUUAUUUGUGCUUAGAUGAGCAAAUGUGCUUGUUUACUAACAAAUAAACUAAUGCGUCAGCA